AUGCUCCCAAAGGAGUCCAUUCCAUUGUUCCAAAUUGAUGUUGAACCUUAUGCUGCCAUAGUUGGCAUUAUAACUGUUCCAAGCUGGACGCUACUGACGAAAAACAGAGGAAACAACAAGGAAAAUGAAUCCUUGACCCUCCCAGUGACUGGUGGUGAUUACCGUCUUCGAAGCUCGAGUGACUACGUUACUGGCACAAGAGGUCCCGUCAGCAGGUGAUAUGAUGGUUCGAUUUGGAAAACGAUCUAUCUAGUUGCUGAUGGCUUUGUCGAUGAUCUCCAUAUUUCUUGCCCGUUGUCCUCGCUGCUGUCGCCGUCAUGAUGUUACACUUGCAGUCAUUUGCUGGUAUGACUAAAGUUCUUAUAUUGGUGCGCAAAUGUAUUCUAUUGCAUCAAUCGAUGUUUGUUGAGAAAAACGAAUCUGUGCAUCUUCGUACUCAGUAAAGAUUGCAUGCGUUCGCUU